UUUUGAUUGUUAAUUUUUUUAAUAUUGUAGAAGUGUGUAAUUGUUAUGUAAAUUGGGUCUUAUUUUUGUGUUGAAUAAAUUUCGGAAGAAACAUUUCGAACGAUAAAAUGAGUACUUUUGAGGUAAAUAUAACUCCCACAAGAAAUAAGACUGUGAAAAAAGUGGACAGACAGCCAACAGAUGUGAUUCUGGCUCCAUUUAGUGCAAAAGCAAUAGUUACAUUCGAAGAUGUUCCAGUUUUCAAAACAGCCAGACGAGUUUUAAAUAUCAUUAACCCUUCAGAUGAAGAUGUUAAGGUCAUGCUAACAAGAUCUUUAAAUCCUGAAUACAACAUGAGCUUAGAAUGGACAUCGAAUGUCAUAUCUUCAAAUAACAGUGUUUCUUUGGAAAUGAUUUGGAAUCCCAAAAAGGAAUUACAGUGCCGGGAGACAAUUCAGUUUACUGAUAACAGAAAUUACCGAAAAGAUAUUUCCGUUGUUCUGAAAUCUGUUAAAGCUAAAUCAGGCACUAAGCGUUUUCCAACUCUUUCAUCACAUGGAUCGAUUUCGAAAGUUACUUUGAAAUCUAAACCGCAAUUAGCAGUUAAUACCAUUUCAAAUCGUAAAUCGGUUAUGUCUAACAUUAAGACAGCUAUAAUUCAAAAACAGUUUGAAGAAAUACAUAUAGGAAAAUAUCAGAAUAUAAAAGAAAAUAGUUUUUUUGAACAAAAUUCCAAAACACUACAUUGUCGUACAGAAAAUAUAAAAACAUCCCUUGAAGCAAAAAAUAAUAUGCAAUUUAAAUUGAAAAUGACUGAUGAAAAUGAAGUGGAGAAGAGCAAAAAUAUGAACAAGGAAAAUAUAAGUCCAAGAGUGCUUUCAAGUUCGUCAUUAUUUGAUAAUUUUCAAUUUACUCCUGUGGCAGAUCGUUGUACAGCAAAAAAUAAAGAUUACAAGACGGAGCUUUCACCUAAUUUGGAGUAUUAUUCAUCUUUACCGACGCCAGUUACUAUUAAGGCAUCGAAGAAAAAUUUUUUGGAAAAGCCACCAUUAAUUAAUUUUUCUCCGGAUUCUCAUUUAAAAAUAGAAACCACUGAUAUGAGUCAUACAAGUACGCAACAGUGUAAUUUUAUUGAACAUCCUUAUAAUCGAAAAAUUUUUGUUGAAGAAGAGAAACAUUGUGAUAUUAUAUGUCAAGAAACAUACAUUGAAAAGUAUAGUCCUGGUCGAACGUAUACGAAAGAUUAUAUACUGGAUACGAGCUCUGAGCAAAUAAAAUCCUUUGGAGCCCCUCUUAUAGAUAACAAGACGUUUGAUUUAAAAAAUCAGACAGAAAGUUUUGAAAAUCUAUCAUUACUGAAUAUUCGGAGUACUGAAUAUGCAGCAGAUUUCAUAGAUUCAGAUAUUCCAAAAACUAAUUUAAACAAAGUUGAGCAUGUCGAUAUUGCUGAUAAAAGAGGAACAAGGUUGUCUUCAAUAGCAGAAAUUGAAGAAAUUUCCCGGUCAGAUCAAUUGAGAAAGCCAGGCCAAAAUUCUCCAUCUUCUCAAAAUUUAAAGAGGGAUGUUAAAUUGAUAGGAACCCCAUUAAGAAAAUGCUCAGAGUCCAUGCGUGAUUUAUCAGGAAAGUCACACAAGAAUUCUAUGGGUGCAAUGGGUUCAAUGCCGGAUUUAAAUAGUAUGGAAAAAUUACAAUCAAUAGAACAAAACCGUUAUUAUUAUCAACAAAAUUCUAAAUCAAAUAUCGGGUUGGCUUCAAAUACCUCGCCGAGCUCGAAAAUAUUUAGAAAUACUGAUUUAUUAGACAUAAGCAAUGAAAGUACGGUUAGUAAUGCAGAUAUAUAUUUUAAUCAAAGUGAAAUCCGUGCAGCAUCUAGCAGGUUUAAUAUUAAUGAUGCAAAAAGUUCAAAAAUGACAAGAAUAACAAGCCCUUUCAGUACCAAGCUGGAACUUUCUACACCUUCUUUUGGAAAACUUAAGAAGAGUCCUUGCAGAAUUCAAAACGCAACAUCACAGGCUGAUAAUAUUGAUUUUAAAAGAACUUAUCGUGAUUUAGAUUCGCCAACAUCACUUAACAUUAAUUUAAUGCCUCCCAGAUCUUCUAUUUCAAUGGCGAUUUCUCCACCUAAACGGAUUAGAUACGAUAAUGAGGUUUUCUCAAAUAACGAGUGCAAUAAAAUGAACCCACUUUUUCGUGUUGUAAAUUGGAAAAGUUCUAAUUCUAUAAAAAAGUUGCGUCUGCAGAAAAAUCUAUCUUUGGUACGGAAACAGAUUACACCUCGAAAAAUAAAGGAAGAACCUCGUCAGAUGUUGUAUAAUAGUGAAAAUUUUUUACAACACUUUAUAAAUCCCGACCCUUUUGCAGCUACAACCACAUUCGAUCCAUUUUUAGCUACAACCAUGUAUCUUGAUGAAGAAGCAAUUCGAAAGUAUGAAGUUGAAUUUAAAAAAUGGUUGAAUGCUCUUGUUUCUAUUCCUUCGGAAUUAGAUCCAAACUGCGAAGAAAAAAUUGAUGUUGGACGUCUGUUUAAUGAGGUUAGGCAUAAAGAAUUAAUUUUGGCUCCCACAAAAGAAGAACAGUCAAUGAAUUAUCUAACAAAGUCUCGUAUGGAGGCUUUAAGAUCUGCUGCUGUGAAGCUAUUUAUGAGCGAAGAAAUGUGUGUAGUAUGCUCAAAAACAGCUAUUUAUGUGAAAAAAGGUUCCCUUAAAAUUCGUGCAGAUCGUGAUUUACAUUUAGAUGUUGUUAUGCAAAGAACUAUUUUGGAGUUGCUAUUAUGUUUCAACCCUUUGUGGCUGCGUUUAGGAUUGGAAGUUGUUUUUGGUGAAGUAAUUCAUUUACAUUCAAAUUCGGAUAUAGUUGGAUUGAGUACUUUUAUUUUAAAUAGAUUAUUUCGUGAUAAAUUUAUUGAACGAAAAUACUCCAAAGCGUACACUCUUUCUGAAGAAUAUAGGGCUCAUAUGAAAUCUUUCACUUUACAAAAAAUUCUAUUUCUGUUGCUAUUUUUAGACAAAGCAAAAAAUUACCGAAUUAUUAAGCACAAUCCCUGCUUAUUCAUGAAAAAAUCACAAUAUAAGGAAACUAAGGAAAUUCUUCUUAGAAUUUCGUCGGAAUUGUUAGCUAGUGUUGGAGAUAUUACAAGAGAAUUACGUCGACUAGGAUAUGUUUUAAGUCAUAAACAAUGCUUUAUUGACGAAUUCGAUUACGCUUUCAAAAAUCUAGCAGUUGAUUUACGCGACGGUGUUCGUCUAACUAGAGUUAUGGAAAUUAUAUUAUUAAGAGAUAAUCUCACAAAUCAAUUAAGAUGUCCUGCUAUAUCACGCUUACAACGUAUUUAUAAUGUAAAUUUAGCGCUGAAAGCCCUUAACGAAGCAGAUUUCAAAUUAAAAGGUGAAAUAACUGCAUAUGAUAUUGUGGAUGGACAUAGAGAAAAAACUUUAUCUCUAUUAUGGCAAAUAAUUUAUAAAUUUAGAUCGCCAAAAUUUAUUGCUGCUGCUACUGCGAUCCAACAAUGGUGGCGUAAAAACUGGCUUAAUGUGGUUAUCGAUCGGAGAAUUAAAAUUAAGGAGGAUAUUAAACGUCAAAAGGCUGCGACACGUAUUCAAGCUUGCUUCCGAGGUUUUAUUACCCGGAAAUUUGUCCAAGCGUAUAGGAAUGAACGAAUUACUGCUGCAAUUUGUUUACAAAAAUUUUGUAGGAAAUACUUAGAAUACCAACGUUUUAAAAAAAUUAGAAUUUCUGUAAUUUGUAUUCAGCGUUGGUAUAGAAAUAAAAGAAUUGCAAUUGAAGCUCGCUCCAAAUUUUUACAUGUAAAAUUAGCAACUCAAUCCAUACAAAUCUGGUAUAAGAGAAUAAAAUUGGCACGAAAAUUAGAAAAAGCUGCGCCGUUAAUACGUGAAAUUAAGGCAAAUGCAAAAUUGCGUUACGAAAAAGCAGUAGUUAUUCAGCGUUAUAUUAAGUCAUUUUUUAUUCGCAAAAAACUUCACUUUAUUGUAAAUAGCAUUGUAAAAAUAAUUCGGAAAAAUAAAUUGGAAUAUCAAAGCGCUGUAAGAAUACAAGCGUUUAUAAAAAUGAAAGUAAUAAGAAGUGAUUUUUUAAAAAGAAAAGUAUCAGUACAGAAAAUUCAAAAGUUUUGGAGAUCUUAUAAAUUAGGCAAAAUAGAAAGGGCAAGAUUCUUAGGAAAACGUCAAGCUGCUAUUGCUAUUCAAACAUAUUUUAGGGAUUAUUUAUUAAUGAAAAAUCAAAGGGAAUAUUAUUUAAAAUUAAAAAAAUCAGUAACAUUUGUUCAACAACGUUUUAGGGCUAAUAUACUUUUUAAAAAAGAGAAAGAGAAUUAUGAAAAACUUAAAUAUGCAACUUUAAUUGUUCAACAACAGUAUAGAGCUAUAUGUCUAAUGAGAAAAACCAGACGUGAAUAUAAAAAAUUGCAAGAGAAGAUUUUAUUUACACAAAGAAGAUUUAGAGCAAAUCGCUUAUGCAGAUUGCAAAGUUUAGAAUAUCAGAAAGUCAAGCAUUCAAUAAUUAUUACUCAAAGCAUUUACCGAGGCUUCAUAGCACGUCGAUCUUUCAAACUUUUAAAGCAAAAAACAAUAAUUAUUCAACGGAAACUUCGCGCAACUUUACUAGCUCGAAAAGUACGAUAUGAUUUUAUAACUAUGCAAUAUUUUGUUAUUUUAAUGCAACAACGAUUUAGAGCUAAUAUUCUUAUGAAUCAAGAAAGGUUAAAAUACAAUAAUUUGAAGAAUGCAGCAUUGAUAAUUCAAAGGCGGUUUAGAGCUAUAACUGAAAUGAAAAUACAAAGAAAUAAAUAUUUGAAAUUUAAGAAAACAGUUACUUUCAUUCAAACUCACUUUAGAGCAAUACGUUUGAUGCGACAGGAAAGAAAAAAAUUUUUAUAUUUAAAAAAAUCUGUUUUGGUCAUUCAAGGACAAUACCGCGCAAUUAAAUUAAUGCGGAAAGAAAAGUAUGAGUACCAUAAAUUGUUGCAAAGUAUUAUUAGUGUUCAAAGACGCUUCAGAGGGAAUUUAUUAAUGAAAAAAGAACGCAAACAUUUUGUGCUUUUACGCAAUUCAGCAAUUACUAUUCAAAAUAGUUAUAGAGCAAUAGUCACCAUGCGAGAUCAAAGGGAAAAAUAUUUAUUAAUGAAAAAUUCAGCAGUUAUAAUUCAGCGCAAUUAUAGAGCUUUCAGAUCAAUGAAAAUUCAACAAAAUUAUUAUAGAACACUUUGCAAAAGUAUUUUCUAUAUUCAACAACUUUUUAGGGCUAAUAGUUUAAUGAAGAAACAGCGACAGAAUUACUUACUCAUAAGAAAAUCGGUUAUUCUUUUGCAAAGAAAAUGGCGGGCAUUUGUUGAAAUGCGCAAACAAAGAAAAAAAUAUCUUUUAUAUAUAAAAUCUGUAAAGUGUAUUCAACAAAAAUAUAGAGCAUAUAAACUUAUGAAAUUUCAAUCUCAAAGUUAUGAAAAUUUUCGUGCUAAAAUAAUUUAUUUGCAACGAAACUUUAGAGCAAAUUGUUUAAUGAAAAAAGAGCGUGAGAGAUUUCUUAAAUUACAAAAAGCUACUUUAUUUGUGCAGAGUAAAUGGAAGGCGAUUAAAAUAAUGCGAAAAGAAAGAGACGAGUUCCUUUCAUUAAAAAAAUGCGCGAUUGUAAUUCAACAAAGAUAUAGAGCUAAUAAAUUGAUGCAACUCGAUAGGACUUAUUACGAAAACCUGUAUGUUGCCGUUUUAAGUAUUCAACAGUUGUAUAGAGCAAAUUAUUUAAUGAAACGGGAGAGAACGCAGUAUGUCAGAGUAAAAAGCGCUGUUGUUAAAAUCCAGUGUUGGUUACGAGCAACUUUUGAAAUGCGAAAACAAAGACAAAGUUUUAUGAUACUAAAGAAUACGUGCCAAAAAAUUCAAAAUAAAUAUAGAGCUCAAAGAUCAAUGCGAAUAGAAAGGACAAACUUCAUAACAUUAAAGACAUCUAUUUUAAUAAUUCAACGAUAUUAUAGGUCACUUAUACUAACGAGAAAACACCGCAGCUAUUAUUUGAAGUUAAAAUUUACAACCAUUGUGAUUCAAAGGAAAUUUCGAAAUAAAAUGCUAAUGCGAACCGAAAGACAAACAUAUCUUAACAUGAGAAAAAGUGCAAUUAUAAUUCAAAAUGCUUUUAGAUCAUACCUUGAAAUGAAAAAACAUAGGGAAAUAUAUUUGAAGUUACGAAGGGCAGCCAUUGUAAUACAACAAAAGUAUCGUGCAACAGCAAAAAUGAUUUUGCAGCGGGAUACUUUUUUGCAUUCAAAAAAUUCGAUUAUUCGGUUUAUACCGUACUGCCGAGGUUUCUUGGCAAGAAAACGUUUUAAUGCAGCAAUGACACCUGAAAUGAGAGAGUUUAUAAAACAACAACUUGCUGCAAAAAUAAUUCAAAAAUAUUGGAGAGGGUAUCUGGUUAGAAAAAAAUGGGAUAAUGUUCGUAUAAGUUUAAUACGACGAAAAAUUAAGGAAUUGAAUAGUGUUGCCAACGUAUGUAACACCGUUAAAUAUAAAAUUUGUAACGCAGUAAAGGUUUUGAAUGGAAAAAGAUGUAAUAUUCAAGAUGAAUUGAGUAUUCUCCUAAGAUUAGAAAAAUUAUCACGUACAGUACCGCAUUUUUUGAUUGAUCACUCUAAAAUAAUAGCAACAUUUUGUUAUAGUAUCAUGGCACAAGCUAUUCGAUCGGAAAUUGAUAAACAAAUUAUUGAAAUAUGUAGCAGAAUUAUGUUAAAUUUGGCGAGAUAUAGCACCACUGCUAACACUUUUCUAGAGGAUGGCUUAGUUACUAUAGCACAAAUGUUAUUACGAUGGUGUGAUAAAGAAUCAGAUAUAUUUAAUACGCUAUGUACACUAAUUUGGAUAUUUUCACAUUGUCCAAUCAAAAGAAGGAUAAUUAAAACAUUUAUGACUACACCGGAGGCCAUUUUUAUGUUACGUGAAACGAAAAAAUUGGUUUUGCGUAAAGAGAAAAUGCGUCAAAAUGCUCGAAGAUUAAGUGUUUUAUCAACACCAACAAAAAAGUCGAUUGAAUUUGGUCCAAAGGCUCUGCCGAGUUUAGAACCUGAUUUUGGAAUUAUAAAAACAAAACCUUAUACUUUUGUUAGUUCAGUUUUUGCAUUUGAUAUUGUUUUGAACAGUUUAGGCAUUAAGGAAAUUAAUUAAAAUUUAUAAUAAAUUUUUUGUAUUAUUUAUGUAUUUUGUAUGUUUUUAAUAUUUUGUAUUCUUUUACAUAAAUAAUAUAUCCUA